GCUGAACGUCGCAAUCCCCCGAAAAUCGAGCCUGCGGCUUGUAAUGUGCAUCAUUUUAUCUUUUGGUUUCACAAGUUGCUGCUUUCAGAUCAAUCGCAGGGACAAGUCAGGAAAACCCCACAACAAAUUCAUCAGAGAAGAUAAGAAAUGCAUCUUAAAAGCCUUCUUUUCGUACUUGGUAAGACAAAUUGUUUUUGCCACUUACUUUUUUACUCUGGGCGCCCGGCUCGAGUGCGAGCUUCAUGCUCAAACGCGCUGAAAUGAAAGUGUGAAGCAGGAGUGAGAAGGAUAACUUUCUAUGAAGCAAGGAAACCGUGCGCAUUGCAUUCACUUUUGAAGUAUGGACGCCUUUCGCUUUCCCUGACUAUUCGAGCUAAUGCAUUGCAGAUUACCUGUUUAUAGCAUACUGUGUUCGGUAGCUCAUUGCUCGCUGGUGAGCAUUGCGUGGUCCAAUAUUCCUACAUGCUAGCUUGCCAGCGAAAACGUUUUCCAUCUAGCAACUCAAUGCCAGUAAAAAAGCAUGCAAAUCAGCUUUUUUUUCUCAGUGUUUUAACGCUAUAGUACCACAGACCGGGGAUUUUUUGAAGAAACAAGCCAGUGUGGAGUAUUCUUUACGUAUUGCACGACAUGGCCGAAAGUUGUUGUAAGUUAAUGCAUGAUAAUCACGGUAAAUUUCGCAGAACAGCAUUAACAUUUUGUCAAGAUACUUUUACUCCUUUUGGUUCAGUUGGUUGUUACUGAUCAUCAAAAAAAAAAAUACGUAUUCGUUAAUUUCAGAAGUGUGAAUUUCAACUCUUAAAUCGAUCACACCUAAAACGGAUGCGAAUGCACUAGUGUAGAUCGAAAGAUCAUAGGCCUUCUCAAAUUGUCAAAUUGUAUUUACCACUUGCUUUUUUUUGCUAUGGUCGCCCGCUUGAGUGCGAGCUUCGUGCUCAAACACAUUGAAAUGAAGGUGUGAAUGAUAAUAGUAAGCCGUGCGCAUUGCAUUCACUUAUGAAGUAUGAAACCUUUCGCUUUCCCUGACUAUUCGAGCUAUUUUAUUACAGAUUGCCUGUUUAUAGUACGCUGUGUACAGAAGCUCAUUGCUCGCUUGUGAGCAUCGCGUGGCCCAAUAUUCUUACAUACUUGCCAGCGUGCAAGUGUAGAGUAUUCUUUACGUAUUGCACGACAUGGCCAACAUUGCACGACAUGACAUGGUCCAGAGGCAUAUUUAGUGGAUUCAACUGAUUGAACUCAGCAGGGUGCUUCGCUUUUACGAGGUAUUGGCAGGGCUAUUGGCAGCCUGUAACGGGUAUCUUUGCACAUCUUUGCACGGCUGUGCACAACGCCAUCUGUAAAGAGUACUGGAAGCCGUCUCUUAGACAAUUUAAAUCUUUGUAAUGGAAAGAAUUAUUAGCUGAAUAGAGCCUCGACGGUCACGCUCUGAGAAAUUGUCGUCCCCAGAGCCCCUCGACUUUUAUAUAACGAGCGCGCGAUGAAAACCUCUUGUUUUCCAUAACCACGCUGCCUAAUGAAACGAAAAGUUCGGGGAAAGAGCGUGGUUUAAAAAUAGAAAUCGUCCCAAUAUUGUAAUUCGCCUAAUCAAAUUUCAAACUGGAUUGUUCUGCAUGCCAAAUUCAGAGGACAGAUAUAUAAGUUUUACGCCACAUCUUGCCACUUGGUGCCCGAUUUGGGGAGUGGGGGAUUGGGCCUUGCAAUUUGUGAGCAUCACAACAUCACAAUUUGCGUACUGAACUUAAAGACAAGAGAGAAGGUGUGAGUGUACCAUAAUCAAUCUUCCUAACGUUGGCAAUGUCACAAUGCCACAUAGGAACAUUCAAAGGAUAUCGCUCAGUAUGAAAUAAUGGUUAAUAAUCUCUUCGGCUCCGGGAAGUUUUGGUAAUCAUUGAUUCAUUUAUUUGCUGUUCACCGAUUUCAAUAGUGGUAAGGAACUUAAAGUUGUUGUCUUGCGAGGGUGAUUUAUUUGGAAAGCCGUGUUAUUUUGCUUUGAUUUCGCGUUAUCAGGUUAAAACAAAAGAAUUAUUUAAGAGUCUUUUUUCAUUGUUUAUUUGAUGAUACAUCACAGGAUAUCACCGACGUAUUUCCGGUCGUCGCUUCUUCGGCUGAAUUAUUUGUGCGUGGCUUAGUGUGAUAGUUUGUUUAGACAAAAGAGUUAAUGAAAACAGUUUGCUGUUUUAUUGUUUGGUGCUUCAGAUACAAUCGUCCUCUUGAUAAUGACUAGCAAGAAGCGGGUUCAGAAAUCGUUCUCAGUCGAUGACCUCAGACAAGAGGGUCAACGAGAGAAAUACAGGAUUUUCGAUCCUUCGAACGAGCAUAAAAUGGUCAAGAAACACUCUUUUUGUGACUGAUACCGAGAACACAUCUCAAUCGGCAACUGACGAGAUCCACAAGAUUAGGAUCGAAACCGCGGUCUUGCCUGACCAUUCACGGAAAAUGUCGGAAAACAUUAUAACGUCAGAUGGGCUACUAAAUGCCCCUGGCACAAGCAAUGCCUUUGAUGGAAGUCUCAUACGACAUCGCUAAAGAGGAUGAUCUACUCGGCAAGUCCGAUGACGAUGAACAAAUCCCUCCAUAUCAAGUGCCUAGAAAACCUAAACAGCCUAAACAGCAACGUCAAAGCCGCGACAGGCGCCCUCAAAGGAGUACCAGCGAACCAAGGACAGAACAGUACCGAAAACGUCGUCGCCACAGCCCAUCCACAGAGAACCGUAAACGGAGCCAUAGCCUAUCCGCGGAGGACAAAAUUAGCCAAGCCGAAGGUGCGAUCACAGCUUUAAAAAGGCACACGGACAGGGGAACUUGCCCAGAAAACCUACAAUAUAGGGCGAGGGCCAAAAUAUCCCUCAGCGGACGACGACUUCAAGAGAGAGAUAAAACAAAUCCGUAAGAACGCGGAGCAAGAAACGCUCAAUGCGAUUAUACGAGAAAUCGGCCGUUUUAAGGCCGAAACCGUGAAAGGAAAGCGAGCCGCACCGGCUAUAGCACUGAACGCUAAGAACUGUAGUAUGAUUGAACCAGCGCGCGCAGCGCAAGCUGAAAACAACGUAACGAUCGAAACAGUAAAAAACUUUGGCACAAAUCGCCCAGUUCGGCAAUAUGAUGGAAAAACUAGGAGCAAUUGAAAAUAAAGAAGUUCAAAAGUACACAUGUGUAUUCUCUGACUCCCACUACAAACAUGGGGCCAAAAAACAAAUUUUAAAAGCCAAACGGCUAGCAACUAAUAAGCGCAAAGAGCGCAGAAAGGUCAGACGCCAGAAAAACUAUCACAAUAGAGGCGAACAAAAAAACACAUAAAAAAAACUCUCAAACAAAGAACUUACAAAUGACCAGAUUAAUUUACUGGCAAAAGGGCUUAAAUUCAUUCCAACACCCGUAACAAAACAAACACAAAUCAGGCAACAACUCUUGCGUGACUUUGAUCAGUUUGCAAGAAGAAUGCGUCUAAUGUACAUAUUUCGAGGGGAAAACAAUGAACCCCAUCCUUACCAUGUCAAAUCUGAAUGGGAACUACCAAUACAACGAUCAGUAGCCCUUGAAGUAUCAGGGUGUGAUGGCCCAACGGAGAAAUUAUCAUCAUUUGUCGACAAACUCCUUCAGCCAAUAGCACAACAACAAAAGUCGUAUCUUAAAGAUACUACCGACUUCGUUAAUUUCAUAGAAAAUACGAAAGUGCCAUCGGAGGUCAUACUUGUUUCAAUGGACGUUACGAGCUUGUAUACAAAUAUACCGCAAGAGGAGGGAAUAGACACGGUAUGCAGAGCAUACGAAAUAUUCUACUAAAACGAGCGCUCAGGCUAAUUUUUCAAGAAAAUUCUUUCCAGUUUAAUGGAAAAAACUGCCUUCAAACACAUGGUACGGCCAUGGGCACGAAAAUGGCAGUCGCCUUUUCUAAUAUAUUCAUGAACAAGGUAGAGACGGAAAUCCUUAGCCAAAGCCUUUUUAAACCGCUCGUUUGGAAACGUUACAUAGACGACAUCUUCUCGCUCUGGACUACAAACAGAGACAGAAUAGAACAUUUCAUUGAACAAGCAAACAAUCAUCAACCUACGAUCAAAUUUACGGCUGAAAUUUCCGAUAAGGAAACAGCACUCCUCGACACCUACAUCUACAAAGGGGAAAGAUUCAAAAGAGAAGCAACCCUUGAUGUGCGUAUUCAUUUCAAACCAACUGAGACAUUUCAGUAUAUACCCAUUUUGGUUCCUGUCACCCGCAAGGAGUUAAAAAAAAGACUUCAUUAAAGGGGGAAGCCCUCCGACUCCUCAGAACAAACUCUUCCAAAAUAAUAUUCGAAGAGAAAAUUACAAAUUUCAAAGCGCAUCUGCUACAGAGGGGUUACCCAGAGGAUCUCAUUAACACAACCCUCUCAGAGGUGAACUUCAAAGACAGGAAACUAGCCCUCCAACAGAAACCAAAGACAAACCAACGAAUCUUGCCUUUUGUCACACAAUACCAACCAUCAGUGCCUAACCUAAAGCAAAUUCUCAUGAAAAACUGGCAUUUAAUAGAACAACAACCAUUACUGAGCGAAAUCUACAAACUAGAACCGGCCCUCGUAUCUUAUAAAAGAGGGCGGUCACUCAAAGACAUACUCGUGAGAGCCAAACUAUAAAAAGGCUAUUUUAAACACGCACUUGGGAGUCGUGUAGGCCUGUCAACCCCAUAUUACAUCUUAAUGAGAAUCGUCAAAUGCAAACAAGAAAGAACAAAAACAAACAAACAAACAAAACGGUGAGCUUAUGCACCAUAAUUGCACGCGUAAUAAGAAAAUGUCUUUUCCCUGAUUUUUGCACAGAGCACAAUCUCGUAGUGAAACCCUUGUCACAAUAUAUAAAGGAAUCGUUUUGCUACAUAACUCAUCCUGUAUUGACGUAACAGAUUUCGGAAAUGUAAAACAUCUUAUGCAAAUAUUUUGAAAAAAGAAACUGCUUUGUUUAGUUUCUGUUCAGUUGAAUUGCGCACUCAGAAGAGUGCAAUGUUAGUGAAUGUAAUGUUUUUCCCGUGAGAUAAAAGCGCUACGGUAAAGGUGAGUUCCCUUUGUGAUACCUUGUGAUGCCUUGUGAUACCUUGUGAUGCCUUGUGAUACUUUGUGAUACCUUGUGAUACUUUGUGAUACUUUGUGAUACCUUGUGAUACUUUGUGCUACCUUGUGAUACUUUGUGAUACCUUGUGAUGCCUUGUGAUACCUUGUGAUACUUUGUGAUACCUUGUGAUACUUUGUGCUACCUUGUGAUACUUUGUGAUACCUUUUGAUACUCUGUGAUACCUUGUGAUACCUUGUGAUACUCUGUGAUACUUUGUGAUACCUUGUGAUACUCUGUGAUACCUUGUGAUACCUUUUGAUACUCCGUGAUACCUUGUGAUGCUUUGUGAUACUUUGUGAUACUUUGUGAUACCUUGUGAUACUUUGUGAUGCUUUGUGAUGCUUUGUGAUACUUUGUGAUACCUUGUGAUACUUUGUGCUACCUUGUGAUACUUUGUGAUACCUUGUGAUACUCUGUGAUACCUUGUGAUACCUUGUGAUACUCUGUGAUACUUUGUGAUACCUUGUGAUACUCUGUGAUACCUUGUGAUACCUUUUGAUACUCCGUGAUACCUUGUGAUGCUUUGUGAUACUUUGUGAUACUUUGUGAUACCUUGUGAUACUUUGUGAUGCUUUGUGAUGCUUUGUGAUACUUUGUGAUACCUUGUGAUACUUUGUGCUACCUUGUGAUACUUUGUGAUACCUUUUGAUACUCUGUGAUACCUUGUGAUACCUUGUGAUACUCUGUGAUACUUUGUGAUACCUUGUGAUACUCUGUGAUACCUUGUGAUACCUUUUGAUACUCCGUGAUACCUUGUGAUGCUUUGUGAUACUUUGUGAUACUUUGUGAUACCUUGUGAUACUUUGUGAUGCUUUGUGAUGCUUUGUGAUACUUUGUGAUACCUUGUGAUACUUUGUGCUACCUUGUGAUACUUUGUGAUACCUUGUGAUACUCUGUGAUACCUUGUGAUACCUUGUGAUACUUUGUGAUACCUUGUGAUACUCUGUGAUACCUUGUGAUACCUUUUGAUACUCCGUGAUACCUUGUGAUGCUUUGUGAUACUUUGUGAUACUUUGUGAUACCUUGUGAUACUUUGUGAUGCUUUGUGAUGCUUUGUGAUACUUUGUGAUACCUUGUGAUACUUUGUGCUACCUUGUGAUACUUUGUGAUACCUUGUGAUACUCUGUGAUACCUUGUGAUACCUUGUGAUACUCUGUGAUACUUUGUGAUACCUUUUGAUACUCCGUGAUACCUUGUGAUACUUUGUGAUACUCUGUGAUACCUUGUGAUACCUUGUGAUACUUUGUGAUACUUUGUGAUACCUUGUGAUGCCUUGUGACGCUGCGUGUUUUAAAGCCUUGUAGUGAUACUAGAAUUCGUGAACCAAAUUUGUGUCACCUCACAUGAUAAGUGAAUGGUAGAACAGACCGGCAUGCUAUUGGGGUGACGUUACUAAAAAUUCAAGGUAAUAAGGUAAUAAGGUACCUUGUGAUACCUUGUGAUACUUUGUGAUGCUUUGUGAUGCUUUGUGAUACUUUGUGAUGCCUUGUGAUACUUUGUGAUGCCUUGUGAUACUUUGUGAUGCCUUGUGAUACUUUGUGAUACCUUGUGAUGCCUUGUGACGCUGCGUGUUUUAAAGCCUUGUAGUGAUACUAGAAUUCGUGAACCAAAUUUGUGUCACCUCACAUGAUAAGUGAAUGGUAGAACAGACCGGCAUGCUAUUGGGGUGACGUUACUAAAAAUUCAAGGUAAUAAGGUAUAGUGAUUGUGUGAGCAUGUGAUGCGAUCACAAACUUUGUGUCCUUAAUCAGUUGUCCCCAAAUCGUGCACUGUAUACAUCUUGCAUCAUUUUAUCUUGACUGGUUGCACAAGUUGCUCUCAAACCCGGGAGGGGGGGCGCGGGUACUCCCUUAUAUAGGCCAUAUAGGUAUCUACCGCCCCAUCAGGUAGGGUUUUUGCGCCGUUUUUUUUUUUUUUCGAUGAGUUCUGCAGCGAGCUACAAGGCUGAAUGUUCAAACAGUUGAACUUUCAAGUGUGUGGUGCUGUUGAGGAACGGUGCUGGAUUUACAACCUUGAAAGGUAACUCGAAGCAAAGUUGGCAUUUUACAAAGAAACAUGGAGAUAGCGCCAUUUUGUAUCGAACGGUCAGUGAAGACCGUCAAUGGUUUUAGCCUUCUUCUUCAUAGUUCUUACGCUGUUUGUUCUUCUUCCUUGGUCUCAAAACAAAGCUUGUGUGACAUUGGAUCGAUAUUUUAUGCUGGCUUUGAAUAAAUGCGGUCAUUAAUUUUAUAGGAAACCAUUUUGAAACACAUCAUGUUUUGUCAAGUUUUUAUUUUUUUGAAAAAUCCUCAAAAACAGGAAUUUGGGUCGGUUUUUUAGUACCGAAUGCGUGGUACCUUCAAGGAAAAUAUAUCCACAAACAGUCUGGGUCAAUUUUGACUUCAUACCAUCGAGAUCGAUGCCAAUAAAUAAAAUUCUUGUUGGAAGUAUUUUUAUCGGCUUCCACCUCCCCAAACAAUUUGCCAGUUAAAGGGUUAGUGAUACAUGCUUUAAUUAUAGUUACCAAGUUAAUAAUUUAUGGUGUUUAUCACCUAACAACAAACAUCCCCAGGGGGGUACUCCUUUACAUUUGCCUUAUUGAUCUAAAAUAAGUGCUAGAGUAAGAUUUGGAAAGUCGAACAAUACACCCCACUAAGAAUAGACCUUGAGUUUUCACGGUUUUCGACGCCAUCUUAAUGAGUAGGCAAACGUGUGAGAAAUCACAGUAUUUGUAUGAGAAUCUAACGUCGAAUAAUUUUCGUAAAACUUCUGUUCUGAAAGAAAUAUUAAUUGUAAACUAAAACUACAAAGCAAAGGAUUGUCUUAAAGAGUUUUGGGGGCAUACCUGUGCUUAAAUUUCUCCAGAGGCUUGCUUUAGGUUUUCCAUAAAACUGUCUGUAAUUUUUCCCGGGACUUUCUUACAGACAAAUGUACAGACAUUUUAAAGUGCUAGGGCUAGGUUUUCUGGCGCAUGUAACGCCCUCAAUUUUUUUCAGUAGAAUCCUUAAGCGCGAAGCUUUAGUUUACAAUUCAUAUUUUUUUUUAGAACAGCCGUUUUACGGAAAUUAUUCGACAUCAGAUUCUCAUACAAACACUGCCAUUUCUCACGCGUUUGCCUACUCGUCAAGAUGGCGUCGAAAACCGUGACAGGGUCUAUUCCAAAGAAUACGCCCCCGGAUUCCUCAGAUAAUAAUUGAUAGCCAUCAUUUUGUGAGCCAAAAAUCCUGGUGGGUUCUUCCUCACUUUUGUCUUAGGUAUUGGUCAUUUCAGACCCUUGAGUACGGAUUUAGAAGGUCAGACGGCACAUCCCCACCACGAAGUGCUAAGAAUACCCCCCCCCCACGCCCCGCCCCAGGAGAAUAAAUCGAAGGUAUUUAAUGGACUGCGGGGCGCGCGCAAAUCUACAAGGUCAAUAAUGUCAAGUACAAGAAAACCAAUGUAAACAUGACAGCUAAACCCACGAGGCUCUACCUUAAACCGAAGCAGGAACUCUGAUAUAGGUCACAAUCAAGGUCAGCGAUGGUGCCAAAACGCGCCUACUUCAAGGACUGGCACUCAAUUUUAAGAAAUGACGGACGUUCAUGUUAAAAACUAUUUUAAAAGGUGAUAGAAUUUGAAAACCUGUCGAUGCAAAUAUGGUUGUUAACCUUGAUCUACAAACUGAUCAUGACAAAACACUAGGCUCGAGUGAAACGUCAAGCACAAUGAAAUAAACUAAAAAUAACCUACAAAAUACUUCACAACAUUAUGCAUGAUAAUCACGAUAAAUUUAAACUAAACUGCAUUAGUCAAGAUACAUACUUUUGGUUUUGGUUGUUACUGAUCAUCGAAAAGAAAAAAAUGUAGUAUUCGUCAGUUUCAGAGGUGUGAAUUUCAACUUGUAAAUCGGUCACACCUUGAACAGAUGCCAAUUUACUGUUGCAGAAAGAUGGAAGUCGGGAGGGCAAAAACUACCGGAAUGCGGAUGUUUCAUUGAAUGCUUGACAUGUUGAUUGAUUCAUAGAUGGGUUACUUAAUUAAACAGCUGAUUGAUUGAUUGAUUGAUUGAUUGAUUGGUCGUGGCGGAUAUUGUAGUAAUAGUAAAAACUAUCUUCCUUCUUUCAUUCAGUUAUCCUUUCUGGAAGUGGAGCAGCUCUUCCCGACCUAGGUACAUGUUCUUUUAUGGAAUAUUUCUGUGAUGCCAGGAAAUGCCAAACGCACUUUUUUAAAGGACUCCAGAAAGACCCUAAUGGAGAUUGCAGGUACAGUAAAGUUUAUAACAGUUAGAACCUUGAAAUAUGCUGUUUUCAGUAAGUCUUUUCUCUCAAAACACGCAUAACUCAUCCCAGUUUAAAGUAAGUCACCAUACCCAAUUAAGAGUAAAAGGAAUGCUGGCCUUCAAUUCUAGAAAUAAAUAACUUUUUCUGUAUCAAUUUUAACGCAAAUUUUUACCUUCUACAUUCCGACAGCGCCAAGUUUAGCGAACUGACCAGAUGCGUGAUUAAGACGGUUGAUAUUUGUGCUGGAGAUGUACUGCCCCAAAGCCAGAUCGAGAGCAUUGUUCACAAAAAAUUCCAAGAAACUACCUUUUGUUUAAAAGGAGGAUCGAAUCCGGUAACCUCGGUGGGCUCGCGAUGCAGGAGUUCGUACAGCACUGAUGCAAACAACUGUUUGAGAACCUUCCAUCAAACAUUCGCUGCGGACAAGUCGGAUCCUGAGCUGUGCUCGUAAGUUGAGCAAGAACUUAGUAACAAUGGCGUGCCCUUUAGUUUUAACUGAACUUAAACGUACCGCAUGACGAAUAAGGCAAGGUUCAAUUUGACCUGUUCCAUCCCCCCCGGGCAAUCCCCCGUAACAAGCCCAUCUCUUCGGGCCCGGGGUUGGGAAAUUGUUUGAGGCGGUCCUGUCCCAAAAGUAGGGGGUGGGGCAAAUCAAAAAUAUCUUCCCUUUGAUUUUGCCAAGCUCGCGCGGUUCACGAUGGCUGCGGACCUCAAGACUACGUAUUUUUAAAGAAAGACGCAGGAACUUCUCAGAGUCUGUAUUUAAAGGUCUGUAUUUGAAACGAAUGUGCGUGUGAUACGUACUCGAAUGGAUUUUAAUUUUUGGAAAAGAUGGACAGAAAGUAUUUCUUCAGCCUAGCUUUAAUGAAAAGAAAACUUAUAUGAAAACGGAUACAAGGCGUUUGAUAUAAAGAUAAACAGAGAUUCAGUCCAGUGAUCUUAUGAAGUGUUCUAUCAAGAGAGUCUCAAUGACGUUAACCGAUAGGCGUAAAACGGCCAAAAAUUUAGUCGAUAGCCGUAAAAAUUGAAAAAUUUUAACCGUUAACCGUAAAUAGGGUCAACAAGAGUUAACCGUAAAAGAAAUUGUUCCCUAUGAUUUGUUAAUUUUAAGGAAGGUGCUAAACUCACUAAUGGUUGCGUUUUUUUUUUAUUUCCCGGCUACUUUGACUCCGUAUGCACGUUAGGCCAAGCGCCUUUUAGUUUCUGACAAGCUAGACCCAUGCUCCAUUUCCGCCGCUCUCUCGGGGAACUAAUUUUUUCCCUAGCGAAAAUCUGGCUUCUUGCUGGGAAUUAAUAUUUGCUAUUUUCAGAGGGUCAUGCCCUCGAAAUACCAGUGAAACAACACGGAGAGAUGUCACUGUUUGUAAAACACGUUGACGAUAAACAACAAUUCCCUGUUUUUCUCUGACGCUACGGUAGACAUUGCCAUGUCUAGUCCCUGUACAUAGUCUUCCCACGCAAUCUCCGUCCAGGCAUUUCGGUGGCGUAUCUGAGAAAAAAAAUUCGCUCGGACCACGUGACCCGAAACGCAUUAGCCGCGCGGAAUAAUGAAGCCUACGGACAAGGCCGCGGCAGACAGUCGUUCUUUACAGUCCUUUGCUAUCAUUAAAAACACUGGAAACGGGAAUUUUGUAAUUGGUCGUUUUCACAUUAGAGCUAGAAAUGGAUUAUUCGUCUGAGACUAACAACAACAACAAUAUACACUUAAUGUCAGAUCCCGAGGGAAACAGUUAGUUUUGUUUUCCCGAGAGUCCUGAAACAUCAGGACUCGAGGGAAAACAAAACUAACUGGUUUCCCGAGGUUUUUUGGUUUUUGUUGCAAAAGACUUCGGUUUUUCGGUUUUGGUGGUCAUUGCGGUUUGCGGAUUUUUCGUUUUUUAGCGUCUGGUUUUCGGUUUUCGUGAAAAAUACUAGCGGUUUUUCGGUUUUGGUACCCGAUGUGGUUUUUCAUAUAAUUUUCUCUUUGGUGCAAGGUCGCGAUAUGGAAGGGCAGUGAGGUUCAAUAAUCGACUGCUGUUUUGCGUAUCUGUUUAUUACCACAUUAAACCUUAGAACAAGUUCCUGCUGCCAUGUUUUGGCCGAAUUUUUUUGCGAUUUUGCGGUUUUGGAUGAUUUUUUCCUUCGGUUUUGCGGUUUCUAAUAUACCCCAAUGCCCCCCUCCUUAAUUUACAAUAUAAUAUAUUAAUACAAAAAAAGGUCACAUUUACUCAGAAUAACUAAAAAGCUAAUCGAGCUGAGUAAAGCUAAAUAAUGUUCAGGAAUAAGAGGUAGGUUGGCACUAAAGCUAGAACAACAAGGAAUUAGUAAAUAGAUAAAGGGAAAAAAAGGAAAAAGGAAAAAAAAAGACUCACGAACAGUAAGACUGUAAGAUGUUUGACAUGACUUUGUUUUUAAAGGAUUUAAAGGGGGAGGUGUUUAAUGCUUUCAUCAAGGUUAUUCCAAACUUUUACAGCCGCAAAGCGAAAGUUGAAGUUACCUCAUAAGUCUUCAGCUUUGCGUCCAAGAUGGAUGACAAGAUGGCCGUCACUUUGAAUUCUAAGAUUUCAUCCAAAAUGGAUCUCAACAUCGCCUCCAUUUUAGUUUUUUCUUGCUCCAUCUUAGCAGUUUACCAUUCUGGUACAGUAGGUUAAUAAGAGACAACGAAAAAGUACGAAAAAAGUUAACUAUAAAAGUAAAAUUAACAGAGCUGAGAAAAGCAGGCCAUGCUCGCAUGACAACCGCUGACCAAUCUCACAACCGCUGACCAAAACACUAGCCUGUGUACAGUCGCCCCCUCCCCGACAGACACCCCUUGUCCUAUUUUUUCCGAGGGGAGGGGGCGGCUGUGCACAGGCUAGACACAUUGGAUUAUGCAAAGCUGAUCGUACUACGUGAAAAUUAACUUUGCAAGACAAAAACACGACACCGAAAGAACCCAAAACAGAGCGGGGUGGUAGCCGUAAACAUCUGUUUGAAUGUCAAUUUUGUACACAGGCUAUCUGAAACGGAUGAUCCAUCUUCAAACUGUCCGACAAAAUUGACGAAUAAAGUCAGGCGGAUUGUUCAUUCAAAAUAAAAACCAUAUGUUCAAUUUUCAAAUUAAGACGUGGGACCUAUCUGACGCGAAUUAUCAAACGGAUAACCCGUCUCACACGAAUAGUCCGUCUCUAGUGUGAAAACGGCUAUUUAUGUUCUAAAUGAAUGUCGCGCCACUGGCUUGAGUUGGGCGUUCGCGUGUCUACUUUUGCUUUUCACAAAGAUUAUUUUUAAAUUGACUAUUGGCAUUUCUAUGCUGAAAGUAAUAUUAGAAGUGGAAAACUUUAUAUAAAGUAUGCUGGAAAUGUCGUUAAAAUUUUUCAAAAGAAUAGCUUAUUUCAUCCGUAAAUGAUCCUAAGACCUUUAUUUUAUUUUAAAGGUACAAAAAAUACAGGUUGAUUAAUAUUUAACCCUUUGAAACCAAAGAAAUUAAUUUUUAACUUUUUUGUUAACCGUAACUGAAAAAAAUUAACCGAUAGCCGUAAAAGAGCCAAAAUUUUAGCCGAUAACCGUAAAAGCCACCACCCCAUUGAGACCCUCUAUCAAGGAGGCGCUUUUUUUUUGUAGUUUUUCUUCUUCGUUUUCAUCCAUUAUCCUUCUCUCAAUAAACUCUGGAAAACGUUUAUAAAAGUUGUGAAAAGGUUUCGUUUUGCUUUUGUACGGAGGGUGGGGAAUAUACCGCCAAGAAAGAGGAAAACUGCAGAUUCCCGCGGUUAUGCCCCGGGAGGGCAUGGCUACAAGUCAAAUUGAACCAUGCAUAAGCCUUUCAUUUCUCCAGGGGCACCUAACGACUUUUUAGCAAUUAUUGAACAAGUCUGAGUAGGAUAUGAAGAAUUGUGCAAAAUUAUUUAAAGUUUAAAAACAAGCCAAAGCAUGCUUACCUAGGUCGAUGUUAAAUUCAUAUCGAUAGUGCACUUUUGUCGGGAAGUUUAGGAGGUAAAGGACUGAUCAGGUCUGCAAAUAUACUCCAAAUAACUUAUAUCGUCAGUGGAGUUGUCUUCUUGCUGUUCUUGCCAUGUUCGCGCUCCCCUAAAAACGCCUGCGUGGGAGGCUAAAAAACACACUGAUUACGACGUAUACUUCCUAGUGAAAGUAAAUAUCAACAUAAUAUCAGUAACUAACGUUUCAUUUGUAGACCUUUGAAAAAAAAAAUAUCUUUUUGGUAGUCCGCAAAAUCUCAUUGGUUCCUAGCAUCAACUCAUAGUACCUGCAUUCAGACUCUCAAAAUAGAUUUAAAAAGUUAAUUUAAAACUAAACAGGAUAAAAUAGGCAGGCUGGCACUGCAUAAAGGAAUCUGGGGCCCGAUUCUUGAACUAUCCGGAAAUGUUUCAGUCCCGAAGGCAAAUAUUAAAAUCAAAACCUGUUGAAUAGUAACAAUACAGUUCCUAGAACACAAACUCCUCCAGGGGGUACUUGGAUUAAUUUUUGCUGGGUAUGUGCCGCUGGCCUGGACAAGACAAGACAAGACAAGACAAGAGACAAGAGACAAGAGACAAGACAAAAGACAAGACAAAAGACAAAAGACAAGACAAGACAAGACAAGACAGUAUAUCGACUUUAUUCAAAUAAUAUAAUAACUCAGCUGAUGUCACACUGAAGUAACUUAAUUGCUCCGUACUGCAAAAGUGUUUUCAGAUAAUCAAAACUUCAGAAUGCGAAAUGCGUAAAUUAUUUAUUCCUUCUACUCUUCUGUUUGUUUCUUUUGUUUUGUUUUGCUUUGUUUCUGCUGUUUAGUAGCAUGACAACGUUAUUGCUGUUACGUGUUGCUUCACGCUAAUAGUUUAGAAAUUUCUUAGUACUCAAUUCCUGAAAUACUUUUUAAUUAAGCAUUUUUUACUUGGGUUAAUUGAUUUACUCAGUGUGAAAUGGCAAGUGAAGGGGUGGGAACUGGUACCCUUAAAAUCCCACCCACCCCGACCUCGCUCACCACUUCCCCCCCCCUUCCUUCCCGCCCUUCCAGCACCAACCUGAAACUGAACCAUUGUCUAUUUUGAUUUUGACAGGGAAUACGCCAAAGCAAAGAAGUGCAUGAAGAACCUGGUAGCGUCUGCUUGUUCCUUCUCAUCUAGUCAACAGGAAUUGCUAAACUUGGGUUUUAGUGACUACAAUCCUUUCUGUGAAAACAAUCGGGAUCCUGGGGCGACGGGAAAUGAUCAAUGUUUUGGAGUAAAGGAACUCAACAACCCCUUUCAUUCCUCUAGUCCGACCAAAACUGAUAAUUUGCAGGCUGUACUGGUUCUUGUUUUAGUGCUGUUGUUUAUUAUCUAAUGCACUGUAGUAGUCCACAGGAACCUCUAGUAACCACGACGACCACAGCAAAUAAAACUUUAAAUCGUAAUCGUUUCUAUUGAAAACUUUUAACUUUUAAGGAAGUAGAUAGAAGUAGAUAGAUAGGGCUGGAUAUUGUCCAGCCCCCUUAACAGAAGCAGCUGGUCAUUAAACGCAUAUAUAACUGACUUUCUGGGUUCGUUUAGUAAUCACGACAAUAAACUGAAGCCGUGAGCGCAUGGUUUGCCUUUACCAUU